GUUAUUUCUUCCCUCCUUAAUGUGAAUCAAUGAAUUUCUAUCCUGAAACUCAAGUCUGGUGUGGUAGCAAUGGCUUCUCUUGUGCUUCAACCUCUAUCAUGCCAUCACCACCUCCACCACACACUCGCCAUUCAUAAAAGAACAACCACUACGACAACGAACGCCACCACCACGAUAACUCCCUCAAUCACAUUCUCACCACAACAACACUUCCAACGCCUCUGCGACUCCGGCAACCUCAAUGAAGCCCUCAACAUGCUCCACCGCGACACCGUUUCCUCCUCCGACCUCAAAGAAGCUUUCGGCCUCUUGCUACAAUCCUGCGGCCGCCAGAAAAACCUCGAGGUUGGCCGAAGAGUGCACGCAUUGGUCUCCGCCUCAUCGCUGUUCAGAAACGACGUCGUUCUCAACACCCGCAUAGUCACCAUGUACUCCACGUGCGGUUCGCCGUCGGAGUCUCGUUCCGUCUUCGACGCGCUGCAGAGGAAGAAUCUCUUCCUCUGGAACGCGCUUAUCAGCGGUUACGCCAAGAACACGCUUUUCUUCGACGCGGUUUCCCUCUUCGUCGAGCUUCUCUCCGCCGCGGAGCUCGCGCCGGACAAUUUCACGCUGCCGUGCGUGAUUAAGGCGUGUUCUGGGCUCUCCGACGCGGCGGAGGUUGGAGGAGCUGUUCACGCUUUUGCCUUGAAGACGGGUCUUUUCCUUGACGUGUUUGUGGGUAACGCGUUGAUUGCCAUGUACGGGAAGUUCGGGUUUGUGGAUAGUGCACUCAAGGUGUUUGAGACUAUGCCGGUGAAGAAUUUGGUUUCGUGGAACUCGAUGAUGUGUGUUUAUUCGGAGAAUAGGAUUUUUGAAUCGAGUUAUGGUUUGCUGAAGGGGCUCUUGAAUGGUGAAGAAGGUUUUGUACCUGAUGUUGCUACUGUGGUGACGGUGGUGCCUGCGUGUGCAGCACAUGGUGAAUUGGAAAUAGGGAUGGUGCUUCAUGGUUUGGCGUUGAAACUGGGGCUUUGUGGAGAGCUAAUGGUGAAUAAUUCCCUCAUGGACAUGUAUGCCAAAUGUGGUUACUUACGUGAAGCACGGGUUCUGUUUGAUAUGAAUGGUGAUAAGAAUGUUGUUACUUGGAAUUCUAUGAUCGGGGCAUACUCUAAGAAGGGAGAUUCUCUUGGAACGUUUGAGCUGCUGCGGAGGAUGCAGAUGGAUGAGAAGAUAAGGGUGGAUGGGGUGACACUGUUAAAUGUUUUGCCGGCUUGUGCGGAAGAGGUUCAGUUGUUGACCUUGAAGGAGCUUCAUGGUUAUGCUUUUAGGAAUGGAUUUAUUCAGAGAGAUGAAUUAGUGGCAAAUGCUUUUGUUGCUGGAUAUGCCAAGUGUGGUUCAUUGGAUUACGCUGAGCGUGCGUUCCAUGGUAUAGAGGCAAAAACAGUGAGUUCUUGGAAUGCACUGAUUGGUGCCCAUGCGCAGAAUGGUUUACCUGAAAAGGCUUUGGACUUGUAUCUUGUGAUGAAAGAUUCUGGCUUGGAUCCUGAUUGCUUUACAAUUGGUAGCCUUCUUUUGGCUUGUGCCCACCUGAAAUUCCUGCGCCAGGGGAAAGCGAUUCAUGGUUUUAUGUUGCGAAACGGUUUAGAAUUGGACGAAUUUAUUGGGAUAUCAUUGCUGUCACUUUAUGUUCACUGCGGGAAAAUAUUCGCAGCCAAGUUAUUUUUUGAUAAGAUGAAAGACAAAAGCUCAGUUUGCUGGAAUACAAUGAUUAGUGGCUUUUCCCAGAAUGAGUUUCCUUCUGAGGCCCUUGAUACAUUUCGUCAAAUGCUUUCAAGUGGAACUCAGCCUCAUGAGAUCGCCAUAAUGGGUGUUUUGGGGGCUUGUUCACAGGUGUCGGCAUUGCGGCUUGGGAAGGAAGUUCACUCCUUUGCAAUAAAAGCUCAUCUCACGAAGGACACAUUUGUUACUUGUUCAUUGAUAGACAUGUAUGCGAAAUGUGGAUGCAUGGAACAAUCUCAGAACAUUUUUGACGGGCUGAAUGUGAAAGAUGAAGCAUCAUGGAAUGUUAUAAUUGCGGGAUAUGGAAUUCAUGGGCAUGGAGAGAAGGCUAUAGAGAUGUUUAAAUUAAUGCAAAGUGCUGGCUGCAGACCAGAUUCUUUUACGUUUAUAGGAUUGCUAAUAGCCUGUAACCAUUCUGGCUUAGUAUCAGAAGGGUUGAAUUAUCUUGGUCAGAUGCAAAGUUUAUAUGGUUUAAAGCCAAAACUGGAGCAUUAUGCUUGCGUUGUCGAUAUGCUUGGUCGGGCAGGACAACUGAAGGAAGCUUUGAAGCUUAUAAAUGAGCUACCAGAUGAACCAGAUUCAGGGAUAUGGAGUUCAUUGCUCAGUUCCUGUAGGAAUUAUGGGGAUCUGGAUAUUGGUGAGGAAGUUUCCAAGAAGUUAUUAGAGUUGGGGCCUGACAAAGCUGAGAAUUAUGUAUUGAUAUCAAACUUAUAUGCUGGAUUAGGAAAAUGGGAUGAGGUCAGAAAGGUGCGGCAGAGGAUGAAGGAUAUUGGCCUUCAGAAAGAUGCUGGAUGCAGUUGGAUUGAAAUAGGAGGAAAGGUUUAUAGAUUUCAUGUUGGUGAUGGAUCUCUUUUGGAAUCAAAUAAAAUUCAGCUGAGUUGGAUUAAACUGGAGAAGAAAAUAAGAAAGUUUGGAUAUAAACCAGACACUAGUUGCGUGCUUCAUGAACUGGAGGAAGAGGAAAAGAUUAAGAUACUGAAGAACCAUAGUGAGAAGCUUGCAAUUUCUUUUGGUUUAUUAAAUACGGCUGAGGGUACUACACUGAGGGUUUGCAAAAAUCUACGUAUUUGUGUAGACUGUCACAAUGCCAUUAAAUUAGUAUCAAGGGUUGUUGGAAGGGAGAUUAUUGUAAGGGACAACAAGCGCUUUCAUCAUUUCAAAAAUGGAUCUUGUACCUGUGGAGAUUACUGGUAGUUGAGGGUUUAUGUUAGUCUUUAAUGAUUUUAUCAUUAAUUUGCACUAGUGAAGGAUUCCAUAAAACAUCAAUCGAUGGAAUUCUAGCGAAUCACUUCUGCUUAUCUUCCCCAUUGUACACUUUGUACAUACAAUCUAAUUCUUUCAAACAAGAUAUUCUGUGCUGUUAGUGACAUAAAAGAUGAACCAAACAAAAAAGACCCAGUCUCUGACAUGCAAACAAGUACCCCCAAUGUCAACUUGUUGAAUAAUUUUUUCCAAUGUUAAAUAGCAUGUGACUGGAUUUUGUAUAUGAACAGCCUUUUCUGGAGAAGGAAAGAAAAGGCUCCAGAAUUUCAAUCGAGGUAAAUCUGUAGAAUUUUUCAACCAUUGAAUUAAAAUUGCAGGAGCAGGGGAUCCAAUUCCCUCUUCCUUAAGCUCAUGAUGGUCACGUCCAGGUAAAUCUGCCACGGAUUUAUCUCUUGUUGUGAAGGUGAGCUUCUUGUUGAGUUCAUAUGCAUAGACUGGGAUACUCUUGAAUAUUUCACAUGAUAUCCAUGAGAUUGAAAAGUAGCUGAGGAUAAAGUUGCUCAUAUCCACUACUUAUCUGAUGAAUGAGAAUAUGAAGUACUUAUGUUUUACAUGUCAAAUGCUGCAGACUGAAGUACUGAAGCAAUUGUCAUCCAUGGGUUGACUGGUAGUUUAUGUUGGAAAUGGUGCUGUUCAGAGUUCAACUAAUUUGUAUGGAUUUAUAAUUGCAUGCUCUUUGAGCACACUUCUCUUAUUUUUAUUAAAUAAUAUGCCAAACUUAUUUGACCUAAGAACUUUAAUUUUAGAUAGAUGUGCCUCUAGACAUUGUGGCUAGGGAUGUAACUGAAGAUCAGAGUUAAUUUUCUGCAUUUGAGGUAUCUUUUUCAGGAUCUUACAUAUAGGUUGAUUACUGACUAUUAAAAAUUAUCGAUAUGUUUCCAAGACUUCUACUUGC